AUGUCGGUAAGAAAUCGUACGGCACCCGGUCCCGACAGAAUAAGACCAGAACAACUGAAGAACCUUCCGCCAGUACUGGUCAACACCCUGGCGAGGCUCUUUACACGUUACCUGUCGGAAUGCAAGGUCCCUAAACAGUGGAAGACCAGCAAGACCGUGUUGCUGUAUAAAAAAGGAGUCCACAUGACAUCGGCAACUAUCGCCCAAUCUGCUUACUGUCCGUCAUCUACAAGCUCUUUACAAGAGUGA